AUGUUAAGGAUGACACCGAUCGAGACUGAAAAUACUGUUUAUCAAUUGUUUGAAAAGUAUUCAUCAUUUCAACGUGAAUCAGUUUUUAUUGAACCAUAUCAGCAUGAUGGUCGUGUAAUAGCCUAUGUCCAAUUUACUGAUGAACAAGAAAUGCGAAUAGCUGUCGAUGAAAUGAACAAUAUGCGGACUUCGAUCGGUGCUGGUACAUUAAGAUUAUCAAUUCAAGAACAACGACAGAUUAAAUUAAGAAGAAAAACAAAUGAAAAUAAACAAGAUGAAUUUCGUGUCAAACUCUACCAAUUACCAUCUCAUAUUGAUGAAAGAGCACUCAUUCGAGAACUCAAUCAGACUAACAUUAAUAAUUCUAUGACUUAUGCAAUUGUAUUUCGUAAGAAAUUGCCAGCAGACUAUUUCUCGGAUCGAUCUAAAAUAAUAGCUGAAGACAAUAAGAAUGUUUUUAUGAAACUAAAAUCGCUUUUUGCCACUCGCCAUCUUUUUCUGUCUGAGCCAGAUAUUGAAAUUCGUUCACCAACCGAAGAUGGCCGUGCUGUUGCCUACAUUACUUUCAAUGAUCCUCGAGAUAUUAUGUCGGCUAUUAACAUGUGCGAUUCUAUAGAUGGUUUUACUAUGAGCAAUAUUGGGUUAAAACAACUUCAUUUUGUUCCUAUCAUUAUUCAUAGAAUUAUGGUUAAUCAAGCGCUUGCACAAGCCAUCAAUAACAAAAUUGAGCAAACUAUGAAUACGAUUCAAACCAGUCCUGAUUUUACCAAUAUAUCAGUAUUCAAAAAGACAAUUAUGAAAGAUGAUAAAACCAAUGUUCUUAUUUCGAUUCGAGGAACAAAUAUUCAACAGCUUUACAAAGCACGUAUACUUUUCGAUAAUUUAUUGAAAGGUUUACAAUUUCAACUUUACAAUCAUUCAUGGGUGAGUUCGUCAUUGAUUGAAUUUAUCUAG